AUGUCGGUGCUGCUGCUGGGGGACGAAAACCUCACCUUUGCUGGCUGCUUGCUGCAGCAGCUGCGGGCGGAGGGCCACGGGCCUAAGUUGACAGUCACUGUGACUCUUGCUGCUGAGAGUGUCAGGGAGGAAGUGCUGCAGCGCGCAAACGCCCUCACUGCUGCUGGGGUUUCUGUACUCUUCGGGGCUUCGCCGCUGCAGCUAAAAACUGAAAACUUUGGAUCUCGUUUUCAGGAGUUUGUUGCAGUGCUUCCGGGGCUGCCAUUCCACGG